UGACCUCUGACCUCUGACCCAUAGACAACUUGCCAAACAAGUAGGUUCGACUCCAUUUCGUUUAAAAAAUAUUUUGUGGACGUACUGCCUUCGGAUUUGUGCCUCACAGAAGCCCUGACCAGCCCAGGCUAGCCCUGACACCAGACAUGGAGUUUGGAGUGACGGUCCGGGAAAACCACUACCUUUUUGAGGCCGGCACGGCCAUGUGUAACCACGGGUCAUUUGGGGCAGUUCCUCGCAAAGUGAUGGAGAAACAGCAAAGCCUCCAGCUGGAGACAGAGCAGACCCCGGACCGCUGGUUCAGGGAAACCACCCCUCGGCUCUUCCAAGAGUCUGUGUCUGCUCUGGCUGAGUUUGUGGGAGCCCAGAAGGAGAACCUCAUGUUCAUACAGAACCCCACUACUGCUGUGAACUCCGUCAUUAAGUCCUUCCCAUUCCUGCCCGAAGACGCUGUGCUGGUCUCAAACCUGACCUACGGAGCAGUCCGCUUCACUGCAGAGGUGAUCAAGACCUACGCUCAUGGUGCAGAGUGUGUGGCGCUGGAGAUUCCUCUCCCCGUCACCAGUGCUGAGCAGAUAGUGCAGCUGUACAGGGACUCCCUGGAGAAACAUCCCAACAUCAAACUAGCUGUUAUAGACACCAUCACCAGCCCCACGGCCAUAGCCAUGCCUGUAGCGGCGCUGGUGUCCUUGUGCCACCUGAAAGGUGUGCAGGUGAUGCUGGACGGAGCGCACUCACCUGGCCAACAGGAGCUACAGCUGGAGGAACUAGGGGCAGAUUAUUAUACAGGAACUGUUAACAAGUGGCUGUUCGCGCCCCGUGGCUGUGCGUUCCUGUGGGUCCGUUCCGACCACCAUGCUACGGUGCGGCCCCUCGUUACAUCUUGGUUCUUCAAGAAAGACCUGCAGCAUCAGUUCCACAUGCAGGGAACCAGAGAUGACACCGCUUACUUCUGUACACCUGAAGCCAUCAACUUUCAUCAGCAGUUAGGGGGCCUUAGCAGCAUAGUUGAGUACAGCACUCAGCUCCGGAAAGACGCCACCAAGCUGCUCCUGGAGGGGUGGAAGACUGCGACCCUGGGAAUACCAGAGUCCCUGCAGGCUCCGUACAUGGAGUGCAUCCGGCUGCCCCUGCCCCAGACCCCCGGGGCUGAGUCCCGGUACCCCCCCACCCUCCGGGGGGCCAUGAACCUCCAGUGCGACACGUACCAGCUGCACGGCGUGCAGUGUACGGUGGAGUGCAUGUUGGAGGCGCUCUGGGUCCGCAUCUCGGCGUUUGUGUACAACUCCCGGCAGGACUACACCCGCCUCCGGGACGCCGUCCUCUCUCUCAUGGCCAGGCAGGACUUCCCUGACUUUUCCGGCCCGUACUGGCAACACCUCCUGGCGCAAGACACUCAGUAAACCUGGAGGAGCGGUGACUGGUUCCCACUGGUUCAUAACAGGAGAGCGGUGACUAGGUCCCACUGGAAACUAACAGGAGCGGUGACUGGGUCCCGCUGGUAAAUAACAGUAGCGGUGACUGGGUCGAAGUUACUGGGCGUUCUUCACAAUAGCUUUAGGCAUCACAUCAUCUCAUCUAUGAGCAUCACACGGAGGUCAUCACUGGGUUUAUUGUAAGCUGUUUUUACAAGUGAGGUUCGUGUGACGAAAUUUCCAAGACCUGACUUAGUUUAGGAGAUCUGUACAUGUAUCAAAUUUGAAAGUGUGUAUCUCUAUAUUAUUAUCUAUAUAAGCUCUCUGAAAUCCAAUCAUUCUUUUUUCGUUGCUGUAGGCAUGUAGAGUGAGGCAUGUAUUGAAAUCAGAGCUGUCGUCUAAAUGUGCACGGUAGUAUGAUUUUUCGAUUACAGUUCUAUCAGUAUAAAGGAUGUGUGUCAUUCAUGUGAAUAAAAUUAGCUAAAAUAAGACUUGAGUUCAACGACUCCAUACAUUCGCAUGUCGGUGUGUUACAAGAAGGGAGAAAUUACGUAAAUGAUUUUCUAAUGGCCAUAUCUUGUAUAUAUAAAACGAUCACUACGAAGCUGUUAUCAAUGAGUGUAGAACUU